AUGGGUCCGACUAACACCGAUGCAAUGAUAGUGAAUCAAUCCCAAUGGUCCCGUAUCCGCGCCGCCGGCUCUUCACGCCGGUCGAGGUUCAUCAUUGGCGCGUUGAUAUUGUUCCUCGCGUCGGCGGCCCUGGUAUUGCAACCUAGAUGGCAUAUCGCUACUUCAGGGCUUCAUAUGGGCAAAACUCCUCGACCAACGCCUAGCUCGGCACCUGAACUGAAGCCCAGCCCGGCAUCUUCACCACCGGCAGAGAUUGGUAGCGACGCGGAACAAGAGUUGAUGACCGCCGUUCUGUCGCCCGAUGAGGACAACGUUCUGCUCUCUAUCGGAAGCCCAAUCUUCACCUCGCCAAACGGGCGAUACUCUCUCACCUUGCAGCCCGACGGCGACCUUGUCCUCUCACACGACGACGGCACUGGCGUUGCUCGCCCGCUAUGGUGGACGGGAACCGGCGACCGACACCCCGGUGGUCGUACCGUCAGCGUUGAGAAGCACAAAGGCCACAUCCGCAUCGUCAUCAAUGCCACGCUGAAGAACACCUGGGUGAGGUUGUGGCACAGCGAUCUAGAGCCGGCGUGCAAGAACUCACGCGGCGCCAAGGCUCGCGACGUGGAGAGCGCGCCGACGUCGUCGAAGCGGGUCCUCAAAAAGACGCCCGGCCAACUUGAGCUCUCCGACGACGGACAGCUCACCCUCGCCGGCGUGUGUGACCUCUACGUCCCGCCCAACGUCCGCGAGAAAGACCGCAGCCUCGCCGUCAUCGUCGCGGGCUUGUACCGCACCAACCACGUCACUUGCAAGUCGCACAUGGAGCAACUGAUUGCGGAUCAUCCUUCCUUCUCGAGGAUCGACGUCUUCGCGUACAUUCUUUACGAGAACGCGGACAUUGACGUGCACAAGCGCACCCCGGAGUCGAUCCAGGCGGAACUGAGAAACUGCUACGGCCAGCACCUGAAGUCUGUGGACGUCGUCCCCGUCGCCGAGGCGGAGGUGGAGUAUCCCGGCGGGAUGAUGGCCAUGUUGGCGCCGUGCGGGGAUCGGCUGCGGAGGCUGAAUUGCCAGCUGAGAACAAUCUCGCUGGCUGCGGAGAAGUGGUGGGCCUGGACUAUCACGAACGGGUUCACGCACGAUACUGUGCUUCGGAUCAGGCCUGACACAUCGUUCUCGGCGAGACCCGAGUUUAAGAGCUUGGAGGAGCUGGGCAACACGCUUGUAUUGCCGCAUCCGAAGGGAGAACAUUAUUUCUACUGUGCGAGGAUGAGGGGAAGCGUUGGUGUUGGCCCGACGGACCAAAUCGCCUACGGCACCGCCGCAGCCAUGCAGCACUGGUUGUACAUGUACGAACGCUUCGCGCAGAUUGUCGACAUGGCGUCGAACCCGGACCGACCGGCGUUGCGAGACUUCUCGGGUUGCGAAGACAUGCCGAGCGGCCCGCUUGCGAAUGAGUGUCCACGACCGGCGCCGUGCUCUAUCGAGUGCAUCGUGGCGUGGUAUCUCGACGCGCGCGGGGUGGAUUUUAGGAUCGAGUGGGGAUGGCAGGCGAACCCGCUCAGGUGGAAGGAUAUUGGGAUGAUUGGGGCGGAGGAGGAGAGGAUGGCGGAUCAGCAUCAAGCUGACAAGGACGAGGGGAUGCAGUGGGCGUGA